AUGGCAACAGGAUCGUCACCAUCGAGCAAGAAGUCUAUUCGACCCCACCGGAAAUCACGCGGCGGCUGCGGUCUCUGCAAACGGCGAAAAGUAAAGUGCAACGAGGAGAAGCCAUGCAGCAACUGCGUAAGGUUCGACCUCCCCUGCGAUCUUGCUCCAGACGGAACGCGCGUCGAGUGCAACAGAGCCCCAGUAUCUCGGCCCCAUCGAGGCCGGCCUCGGAAGACCUGGACGGGUGAGUGUGUCCCCCAACCGGCCAUGACUCUAGACGACCCCUCAAGAACACCAUCACAGUCCCCCAGCUCCACGGCAACACCCAGCCCCUCGCCCCUCGACGCCGACCCGGCGCUGAACCUUGACAAUGCUGAGCUCCUCCUCCACUUCGUCACCACGACAGCAGAAACCUUCGCCGGCGGUGAAAGCCCGGAAAUCCAUCGAUUCUGGGCACGCAAUGCGCCGCAGGUGGGCUUGAGCCACCCGUUCGUCCUCCAUCUCAUCCUCGCCUCGGCCGCGUUUCAUCUAGCCUAUUUGACAGCAAAGGGGAAGAAAGAAACGGAGGGCAGUGGCGCCAACGGCCGUCACCAAAGUCCCAACUCUUACCUCUCUCUCGCCCAGCAGCACCUCACGGCCGGUGUUUCGGGCUUCUCAACCCAGCUCUCUCAGCCAGGGCCCGACAACUGCGGCGCGCUGUACCUCGGGGCAGUUUUGACGAGCUAUUGCACUUUUGCGGCCGGGCCAACAAGCCAGCGUGACCUGCUCGUCUGCACCGCGAGUAGCGUCAUGGUGCAAGACGCGUCUGCUGCCCCUCCCGGUUCGUGGAUGCCCUUCGUCUCUGGCGUACGCCUCAUGCACCAGUCGUUCAGCCCCGACGUGCUGUUUGCGGGCCUGUUGGAGGCUUUUAGGCCCGGCUUGCCGUCGAAACCGCUUGAACAACCCGUCUGCGUGAGGGACGGGUUUUCGAGGCUUGACUGGGAGGGCGCAUUGGACGGGCUCAGGGGCUUCAUCGCACACGGAGAUCCCCCCGCCACGAAAUCACUUUGCCUCACAGCGCUCGACGGCCUCAUUGCGAUCUACACCGCCAUAUAUGGACGCCAUGAGGGCCCGGGCGGUGGCGCCACGCAUCAUGGCCCGUCUGAGAACCAGUUCGUCUUUGGCUGGCUGUACCGGGUCCAGCCCGAAUUCGUGGCGUGUAUAAGGGAGUGCGAACCGCAUGCUCUGCUGGUCCUGGCGCACUACGCCGUGCUUCUCAACACCGACACGGUUCCGAGGGGAUGGUACAUCGAGGGCUGGAGGGAGCACAUGGUGGCGAGAGUGGGCGAGUUAAUAACUGAUGAGGGCGGAAGGGGAAGGUGGAAGGAGGGUGAGUUGGUGCCGGUUGCCCAAAAUAUAGUGGCUCCAACCAACCAAACCCCCUGA